AUGGCCGAGGCGGUUUCCAUAAUGGUUCGAGGGCCCCAGCCGGACGGGCCUUUCAGGCCUGAGGCGGAAGUGUGGCCUCUGGUGAGCAGGGUGCCCAUGAUGAUUGCACCAGCACAUCCACAACAGGCCGCAGCAAGUCGGAGAGAGUCUUCCAGGGAGGGGUUCAUGAUGGCCCGCCGCUUUGUCGAGAUCGUUUUGCUACUAUGGGCUUGGCUAAAAAGCUGGGCUGACUUGCUGAACAAUGGCAGAGCGGCAUGGCAGCUUUUACCAGACACAGAUAUUGAGCUCCUUGCUCCAGUGGUGGUGGUCGUGGUGGGCAUCAUCGUGACCAGCCUGCUGGGUUUCUUCACCUUGUUUGAGCAAGGCCUGUAUGUGGAAGCCUGCAUGGCUGCGGUGGACUUGGACACGCCUUAUCUAGCUUGGAAACAUGGAUCAGAUGUUGUCAAGGGCAGGGACUGUCACGACUGGGAGAAGCUGCGGCUCAGGAACUCGAUUUGGAGGAGUCUCCCGCUUGCUAUGAUGAGCUUCAUUUUGUCGCUCCGACUCCUCAUGGAAAUCCCGACAUGUCAGAUGUUUGCCACUAUGGGAGUACUUCCCGUCCUGGUGUUUCCUGAUCUUGCAAAUCGAUCACUCUUUGUGAGAGAUACUCGCAGGGAUGGUGUAAAUGUCUCGCAGAUGGACAGGAUUCAGCUCCUGGAUAGGCUUGCAGACAAGAUUCCAUGGGAGCAUAAGCGAUUCAUUCGCGGAGAUGCCGAAGCAGGCGUGAAAGUCGAAAAUCAAUUUUGGCGUGCUGCCCAUUGCAGUGAUUCAGUGUGGGAGUAUGACACGCUGCCCCGAGAUCAGGACUUGGCCCAGAAUUGGCUGUUGUUUGCUCCUGCGCUUUGGGACAGAAUUGAGUUUGGGGGGAUUGGUUCCGGCAGCCUUGCCGCCUUGAAUGCUCUUGCCGUGGAGCGAGCAUUUGAAUCGAUCUACAGAGAGGAAGAGACAUUGAAACCAGCACUCCUCAAGAUGUUGCGCAAGGGUAGUCUCAAGCACCGCCUCGCUGGCAUGGUGAUAAGAGUCUCUCAGAUUUCUUGGCGUACACUUGUGGAUGGAUUCCGCGAACUUGUUCUCAGUAAAAUGGAUAAUGAGCCAACAAGAACAAUGCGGCAACGCCGGCCGUGGACAUUGGCAAUUGGUGGCUCUGUUUGGCUUCAGGUCAAGUCUGGAUGGAAAGUAAAGCUGUUCCAGACGGGCUGCUUGCUGAUGGUGGCCGUGUUGCCCAUCUUGAAGAAGAUCUUGGCAGUGAGCAAGAUUCGCAACUACUUGUUCACAGGCGCCGUGAUCAUGUAUGGUGUUUUCGACAUGGCAUGUCUUGUGACAACCUGGCUACUAUGUGCGGCAGCACCUUUGGCCUUCAAUUUGGGUGCAACAGCGGAGGUAUUCACUGCCGCUGCGACACAAGUGAUGGCUGGUACCAUCAAGGCACUAGACCGUGUUGAUAUUGGGGGGCAGUCUAAUGCGCAGGAUUCUGCAGUUCAAGAGCUUGCCAUGGUUUUGCGCAAUUAUCGGCCUGCAGAGACUCUGCCGUUGCAGGCAUCAUUUCUACCGGCAAUAGAAUGGUCUUGGCCUCUAUUUCAGCGCCUUAUCGUAGGUUCUUUCGUGUUUCUGGCGGCCUCAGCGGUCCUUGCCUUUGCCUUUUCUCGUGCUCGAUUUGCCGUGUGCCUGACGUCGGGCAUUUGCGGGCCGCUUUGGCUUGUGUGUGAGGAUGCAGAAGAUGAAGGCCAUGAGAGGCAAGCGCUCAAGACCAGAGGUGUUUGCUUUAUGGCUUUGUGUCGCAGUGUGCUGUUUGCUGGGCUGGUGGUGCUUGCAUGGAUGAGGGUGGGCUAUUUCUCGACAUAUGUCUUCUUCGGUAUGAUCUUCAACCGCAUCGUGAAGGUCUCUUUGCUGGCCCGUUGGCUGGCCCUCUGUGCGGUGCAUUGCGCAUUAGGCUUAGCGGCAGCAUUUAUCGUCGAGAGAAGCCUUGCGCAGAGCGCCACAGGUGAACAAAGCGAAGAGCAGUUGCAGAAUCGCGGCCCAAUGCAAGGAGCUUCGUAUGAAAGUGCCUAUGGCACGUUCGAGCCUGCAAAGCAGGGACCCUGA